AUUGAAGUUCUUGAGCUUUGAAAAGAGCCGAUAUGAUUGCGAUUGCAUUUGCAGUAAGCGCAGAUAGAGCAAAGGAACCGAAUAUAAAAUUUGAUUGCAGACAGAAAUACUCAAUAGAAUACCAUAAAUCUCUAGAAAUAGGGUUCUAGGAGUUUAUCCAUCGGAUAAGUUAAUGGGAAGAGAGUCUGACUGGACGAUUAAUCUUCUGACUCCAAGCUCAUUGAGCUUUGAAAAGGGCCGGUCUUAUUGCAAUUGUCUCCGUAGUAACGGUCGAUCUGACUGCAAUAUAUAAUAUAUUGAUGUUGUGAACAAACGCGAAUCAACUAGAAUAAAGCAAAGUAGAGCAAAAAAGUAUUGAGCCAAAUACAUGUUUAAGAUUUUUUAUUAUUAUGUGAAUGAAUAAUUUUACAAUUCUUAACCUCAUAUUUAUAUCAGCCUCAAAACCAGAUUUCUUUUUUUCUAUAAUUAAAAAUACAUACUUAUCUAGAAAAAAAAAUUUCUAAACAGAAAAUGCAUACACCCAACGAAUACUGGGCAUUUACUGGUGCACAGAGAUUUAAGAUACUACAUGGUGCAACAAUUGAUGAUAUUGCUUAGAAAUAGAACAUAUUAUAAAAAGAAACCAUUUAUAAACCAAAAAAAAUUACAACUAUCUUGCCUAACCAAACAAUUUGAAGAGGAAAAAUAUUUUGGAUGAUACAUUUUUCAAUACUGUUCAUAUAUUUGGUUUAGUCUAUGCAUAACCAUCAAAGGAAAUUCAUGCACAACAUUUCAUAAAAUCAGGCUUCAAACACUUUUAGUGAUACAAAACAAAAUUGGGCAUUUAAAAAAGUUACGAGGCUCCUUCUAUGCUUUCCUUCACAUUUUUCCAGUUCAGCUGGCUUCAAAGAAAACUUUAGAUGCAUUUGUUCAGAUUUCUCUGGUUAAGCUAACUUCAAAGAAAUCUACACUUAUAUCCUAUUUUUUACAUUAUGGGCAACCGUAAAACAUUUCUAACCGUUAUCAGACCAAAUACAAAUUCUCUUGAAAAAUCAUAAAUGAUUAAACACCAUACACCAGAUUUUUACCUAAUUUAAGCCACUUAAGUAUACUUUCGUCAUCCUAGUUCUUGAAGUACAAAAAUCUAAGGUUCUAAAUGAUGACGUGCGGGACAAUUGUGGAACAAGUGCAGUACGGUUGUAAUAUUAACAAAAAUAUAUAAAUACAUAAAUAUAUAUAUAGAGAUUUUUGUUACUAUUUACGGCGAUGCGUUGCGGAGCGGUUUAUCAUCGAAGCCUAAAUAUAUUUGACUUUAUAGUGUAUACUCGUACAUCCAAAGACAUACCAUUGCGAGUCCCAAAGAUAGUUUGUUUAGUUUCUUUUUUGCCUCUUCAACUUUCUUCUUUCUUCUUGGGUCUUUUCACCCUACUUCCCUCUCCGUACCCUUUCUUUAUCAUCAUGAACAUUUUCCACCGCUUCGUCACAUCUCAAAAGUUACAUAAAUAUAUAUUAUAUACACGCACACACCCAUAUAUAUUAUAUACACGCACACACCCAUAUAUAUACGUACUCAAACUAACAUCCCUAUCUCCUCUCUCUCUAGCACAAACCCAUCAACCAUAGCUACGGUGUCUUUCUUCUUCUUUGUCUUCUCUCCUCGAAGUCAUGUCUAAUCCAGCUUGUUCUAAUCUCUUCAACAAUGGAUUUGACAAUACAAACUUCAACUAUUCCACUUCUCUCUCUUACAUUUACAACUCUCAAAAUAGCUUCUAUCACCCUGAUACCACAAACCCUAAUUACAUGUCUCCUACUACCACUACCUCCACUUUCCCUAACUCACCACCGCUCAGAGAAGCUCUUCCCCUUCUUAGCUUAAGUCCCAUAAGGCACCAAGAACAACAUGGUCAACCCUGUUUCUUGAACACAGAUAACACUACCUCUUCAAACUUUCAUGAUGUAACCGUGGAUCUUCAUCUAGGGUUACCAAACUACGGGGAUGGUGGGAGCUAUAUUGCUCCUGAGGCAACCACCGAGGAGCAAGAUCAAGAUCAUGACCAAGAAGUGGAGGUCACAGUCGAGUCCCACCUUCAUGAUGAUGAUGAUCAUCAUGAAGAUUUAUACAGAGGUCAUCACUAUUGGAUCCCUACUCCUGCUCAGAUUUUGAUUGGUCCUACACAGUUUUCUUGUCCUCUUUGCUUCAAGACAUUCAACAGAUACAACAACAUGCAGAUGCACAUGUGGGGACACGGUUCACAAUACAGAAAGGGACCAGAGUCACUUAGAGGAACACAACCAACAGGAAUGCUAAGACUACCAUGUUUCUGCUGUGCGCCAGGCUGCAAGAACAACAUUGACCACCCACGAGCCAAGCCUCUCAAGGACUUUCGAACCCUCCAAACACAUUACAAACGCAAACACGGAUCUAGACCUUUUGCUUGUCGCAGGUGUGGCAAAGCCUUUGCAGUGAAAGGAGAUUGGAGAACGCAUGAGAAGAAUUGUGGUAAACUUUGGUAUUGCUCAUGUGGCUCGGAUUUUAAACACAAGAGGUCUCUUAAGGACCACGUCAAGGCUUUUGGGAAUGGUCAUGUUCCUUGUGGGAUUGAUAGCUUUGGGGGAGAUCAUGAGGACUACUACGAGGCUGCUUCUGAUAACGAGCAACAAGAUGAUUGCAACAACAAUGAGUGUUAGUCUUUUUUUCUAGUUUGGUAUUAUGUUCAGAGCUUCCAUUGUUUUGGUCAAGACUUGAACAUAAUUUCUUUGGAGUUUAGAGGUUUUUUUUAACUUUUUUGCACCUCUAAGCUUUCAGAAUAGCUGAAAAGCAGAUUGUGGUUGCAGUAACAUGUAACCAAACCUUUAUUAUUGCAAUGAUAUUUACCAUUUAGCAAAAAAAAAACAAUGAGUGUUAAUGUUAUUUCGUGUGUUCUGUUUUGUUCCCUCAUGCAUUAAAUUUUUAUGCAUGUGUCGUUUCGUUUUGGCCAUGUUAUAUGUAACAUUAUCCGCAUUUGUCCCACCUAACCUUGGUAUGUUGUGUUGCUUUUUUACUAAUUGUGUUGCUUUUUUACUAAUUUUUCUUAAAAUUAUUUUAAUUCUGGGCCAAAGUCUAAUUUAUGACACCCACGAAUUCUAAGAUUGAGUCCAUGAUGCAAACAGAUAUUUGGAAAUAUUUAAAUAUUUUAUCAUUUAUUUUAUCAAUUAUUUUAAAUCUAGAUAAUAAUAUUUUAGGGUUUUAGAGAUUUAUGGUUCUUAUAUAUAGCCAUUUAUAGUAUUCAGUUUAAGAUUUGACUAAUAAAAUUUAGAGUUUUCUCUUUAUUUCUUAUUUUCAGUAGAUCUAUAGAGAUUUCGACAAAUUUAAGAAAAUAUUGAUCUUAUGCAUUUGAAGACUAAAUAAAAUCAUUAUGUUAUCGUGUUCUAUCUUUGAACUUAUGUAAUAUUUUAUAUUUUGUGAAUUUGACUAAGUUUUCUUGAGAAUUCUUCUCUCUUAGUUGUAAUAAAUUUGAUUAAUUUUUUAUGUUAUUGUGUUUUGCUAUUGAAGUUGUAUCAGUAACUUCAAUUAUGUCAAGUAAUUUUGGCAAGAUAAUAUUGUGAAAAAAUGAACAUAUUUACCAAAUUUUUUUAUUAAUAUCUCUUCAAAUUUACAAAAAAAGUCACAACUAAAGGAGUACACAUGCAAAACAUAAAACAUACCACAAACAAAGCUAUUAUAGAACAUUCCUCUACAAAGACAAGUUUAAAUUCCAUUUGAUAUGGAAGAAGACUCCGUCAGAAGACUUUCUAGAAGACUACUUUAAAGUCUUCUGAAAGAAGUCUAACUGAAAGUCUUCUAGCGCAUUAUAUUUUAGAAGAUUUCCGAGAAGACUUUCCAUAAGUCUUCCAAAGUCUA